AUGGAGGCAUCAGCGUCGUCCAUGGCCUCCCAGCUGGGUCUUCCGCCAGGCUUCCGCUUCGUGCCCACGGACCAGGAGGUCAUCGCCUACUACCUCCUCCGUCGCAUCCGGGGCCAGCCGCUCCCCGUCGGCGACAUCCUCGAGGACGACCCGCUGAGCGCGCCGCCGUGGCUCCUCCUCGGGAAGCACGGACGGAGGCGGGACGCCUUCUUCUUCGCGGCGGGGCGGGCCAUGAACGGCAGGGGCAGCCGCCAGAAGCGGAGCUGCGCGGGCGGCGGGACUUGGGAGGGCCAGGGCAGGCGGAAGGGCGCCAAGGGCCGCGACGGCGAGAGGCAGCGCGUGCGCGUGGGCGGCGAGGAGAUCGAGUGGCGGAAGUACGCGCUCAACUUCCACGAGGAAGGCGUCAAGGGCAGCACGGGCUGGGUCAUGCACGAGUACUCCAUCACCGCGCCGCCCAGCCUCGCCGCGUCGCCGCAGAGGGUGUACCGCAUCCGCUUGAGCGGCCACGGCAGGAACGCCCAGAAGCGCAAGAGGAGUGAGCUCGAUUGCGGCAGCGACGACGACGAGGAGGAGGAGUACCACUACCACGGCGCGCCACGCGCCGCCACCCUUCCCGCGGUGGCAGAGGCCGGUUAUGCUCCGUUCGCCGGCGAGUGCCCGCCGGCGCCGGCGCAGCCCGAGCCCGUCGGUUCUCUUCCCGUGGCGGCGGCGGUGGAUGCUGGCGAUGGGGAUCCUGCUGGAUGGACGGAGGAAGCCGGAGCGCCGGCGGACGGCGCAUCGUCGGCGGCAACGACGACGUCGUCGGAUCAGGACCUGCCAGCGCUGGUGGACGGCGGCGAUGACUGGAACUUCAUGUGCUCUCUCAGUGAUUUCCUGCCCGAUUUCGACUUCUUCCCAGGAGCGGCUGAUGCUGGAGAGAUCCCAUCUCCGACUCCGAUGGUGCCAGCCGCAUGA